GUCCCGGCGAGAGGUGGAGAUCAGGACGCGGGAGAGUCAGGGUCCGAGCGACUGAGGCGCUGUGAUUUCCCCCCAGCCACGCGGGUUCCGCCGAGUUCGUGCAUGUCCAGAAUGGGGCUCUGCACCGUCUGGUAUUUGUCGCUCCUCAGCAGUCUCAUCCAAGUGUCCUUAGCAGAAAAAGACUUCUUCACAUCCAUUGGCCAGAUGACUGAUCUGCUUUACACGGAGAAGGACCUGGUCACGUCACUGAAAGAUUAUGUCCAGGCCGAGGAGAGUAAACUGGAGAAAAUCAAAAAGUGGGCCGACAAGCUGGACUCUCUCUCGGCCACGGCUACGCAGGACCCUGAGGGAUUCCUGGGACAUCCCGUGAACGCCUUCAAGCUGAUGAAGAGGCUGAAUACGGAGUGGGCUGAACUGGAGAGCCUGGUGCUUAAGGACAUGACUGAUGUGUUCAUCUCCAACCUCACCAUCCAGAGGCAGUACUUCCCCACCAACGAGGACCAGACGGGUGCGGCCAAGGCACUACUGAGGUUGCAGGACACUUACCAGCUGGACACCAAUACUAUCUCCACUGGAAACCUGCCUGGUGUGACUUACAGGAGCACCAUGACAGCAGAGGAUUGCUUUGAGCUGGGCAAGAUCGCCUACACCGAGGCAGAUUACUACCACACGGAGCUGUGGAUGGCCCAGGCUCUGAAGCAGCUGGAUGAGGGAGAGGAGUCUGCUGUGGACAAGGUCACUGUGCUGGACUACCUUAGCUAUGCCAUCUAUCAGCAGGGCGAGAUGGAGAGGGCCCUGGAGCUCACCAAUAGGCUGCUUGAAAUAGAUCCUGAUCAUCAGCGGGCCAACAGCAACGUGAAGUACUUUGAGUACCAGCUGAAGAAGCAGCAUCAAGAAGAGAGCGAGAAGGCAAUGAAGGGUCAAGAGAAAAGGGAGAAGAGAGCACCAAAGACCAAGAGGAAGCGUACCAAUGACCCCCUUCCUGAGAGGAACAGAUACGAGCAGUUGUGUCGCGGAGAGGGUGUCAAGCUGACUCCUCGCAGGCAGAGUCGCCUGUUCUGCCGUUACUUCGACAAUGGACGCAGCCCACGCUACCUGCUAGGCCCUGUGAAGCAGGAAGACGAGUGGGAUAGCCCUCGCAUUGUCCGUUACCACGACAUAAUCUCCGAGAGUGAGAUUGCGACGGUCAAGGAGCUGGCCAAGCCCAGGCUGCGGAGAGCCACCAUCUCCAACCCCGUCACUGGUGUGCUGGAGACCGCCCACUACAGGAUCAGCAAGAGGCGUGCCACCGUGCAUGACCCCCAAACUGGGGAGCUCACCACCGCCCAGUACAGAGUCUCCAAGAGUGCUUGGUUGACUGCCUACGAGCACCCGGUAGUGGCGAAAAUCAACCAGCGCAUCGAGGACAUAACAGGCCUCAAUAUGGACACAGCUGAGGAGCUGCAGGUAGCAAAUUAUGGUGUGGGUGGGCAGUACGAGCCUCACUUUGAUUUUGGACGGAAAGAUGAGCCAGAUGCCUUCAAGGAGCUGGGCACAGGAAACCGCAUUGCUACUUGGCUCUUUUAUAUGAGCAAUGUUACAGCAGGGGGCGCCACAGUCUUCCCAGAUGUGGGUGCUGCAGUUUGGCCAAUCAAGGGCACAGCCGUGUUCUGGUACAACCUGUUUGCCAGUGGUGAGGGUGACUACAGCACGCGGCAUGCAGCCUGCCCCGUCCUUGUGGGCAACAAGUGGGUAUCAAAUAAAUGGAUCCAUGAGCGCGGGCAGGAGUUCAGGCGGCCCUGUGGUCUAACCGAAGUGGAAUGAUAAGAGGGGGGACCUCUUCCUCUUCCUCAAAGCCCCCAGGACCCCAGUUCCUCCACUCUGCACGCAAGGCUGUGAAUUCUCCAUCUGCUGUCCCUCUCCCUGCCCGAGGCCAGGACCAGCGUGUCAUCCUUUUGCUUUGCCCCUCUCUUUUCUUCACUAACAUCUGUAGAUGUUGUCCCUGCAGGCUCAUUGUAUUUUGCGGUUAUAUCCAUUCUGCAGUUAUUAGAUCUGAGCUCUAUGGAACCUGCAGGUAUGUUUUUCAUGCUGUCAGUCAACCCCAGCUCAAGUAUGUAGUCACCUAAGUGACCCAACAUGGACAUGUUUUUGAGACUUUAUGCUGCUCACCACUGCCUCAAGCUAUGUGCCUUGAACAAAUUUCCCAAAAUCCUUUGCUCUGGUCCUUCCUUCUAUGGCUCCCGAUCCUCAAAGGACUUUGACUUGGCACUAAAUUUGGGGUGACAUAAACCUCCCUCCAGGGGCCAGUACAGGCACUCUGUAUCUCUUUGUCCUGCUCCGAUUCAGCCCUUCUGCCAUUUGUCUGACUAUAAACCUCAAAGCCUUUUUCUUCUUCUUCUUCUCCAUCAUGUUGUGCUGAGACACAUGUUCGCAUAUAUGUUUACUGGGAUUUCCUGGCAUACACCCCUCAAAUCCUUACAUGAUCCCUACCCCAUGUUCAGCCAGGCUUUUUAAACAUUUUUAAAUUUGUGAAGUUUUACAUUUCAGUGUAGGAAGGAAAACACUGCCUUUGCUGCAGACACACGUCUGCCUUUAAAAAGAUGGUCAGAAGCAGCUGUUCCUACUCUUGAUCCUCAUGUUCGACUUUGCUCCAGAAAAAGCAUCUUGUAAGAUGUCUCUUCAUUUAUGCUUCAUUGGUGUUCGUAGUUCCAAUAUUCACUCCAGAGGUAACUGUUCGGCAUUCCUUGGUACUUUAAUGGUGGUCUAGUCGGAUUUCACUAAGAAAGGUCACUGGGAACAGGCUUCUGCAGAUUUUGUGAAACGCGUUUGGAUGGUGGCUGUGUGGAAGUGUCAUUCCUGUUCUUAUACACAGACUGUGCUGUUUGUCCUCUGGUAUUCCUGGGAACUCUGUGGGAGAAUGAUGCUAUUUAUAUAUUGUGACAUUCUGUCUUUUGUGGGGAUAUUUCUGGACAUGUUUAAUGUUUUCUAUAAAAUAAAUUGUUACUGAGAA